UCCCCUCGCGCAUAUAUCUAUCAGCCGUGCCGAGGCUUGGGACCUCCCGCCCCCGCCCUCGCCCGUCACGUCAUCCAUCCAUCCCCUCGAAGCAAUCGAGUGGAAUUGGAAAGAACCGAGGGACGAGAGCAGCGGCGCCGUCGGCAUGGGUCUGCAGGAGGAAUUUGAGGAGCACGCCGAGAAGGCCAAGACCUUGCCUGACUCUACUACAAAUGAGAACAAGCUAAUCCUCUACGGGCUCUACAAGCAAGCAACCGUUGGUGAUGUCAACACCGGGCGUCCUGGCAUCUUCAACCUGAAAGACAGAGCUAAAUGGGAUGCUUGGAAGGCCGUUGAAGGGAAGUCCAAGGAGGAAGCGAUGACUGAUUACAUCACCAAGGUGAAGCAGCUGCUGGAGGAGGCUGCUGCAUCCAGUUCCUAGGCUACGAAAACACCAUCAUCCAUAGUGCUGCCUGCGUACAUCAAUAAGUAAUAAACAUUGUUAUCUGUCAGAUGGCUCCUGGUGUCAUCUAUACAUGUAGUUGUUCGUCGUCAUGGAUGUUUAGUGUCGUUUAAGGCUGUAAAACUCUUGUGAAAACAAAUGGGUGCUGUCUCAGCUCAUCACUGUAUGGAUCUUCACCUCUGUUGUAUCUGCACCCGCAUUUUCAUGCCCAUGAGUGCCGUACGAGUCCGCAGCCAUGUUUCUGCAUCUGCAGGACCGAUUGGUAUUGCUGCAAAAGUUCAGGAUAUGUCUUUCAACGUGAUA